AUGGCCAAGAAUAAAGUGGCGCCGAUGGAGGAAGGCGCCAAGGUGCAGAAGUUCGAGAUCUCGCCGACGCCUCCGCCGUCCUACGGCACUUCGAGGAGUCCGUCCCCGUCUCCGAACGCGCGGGGACCGUCCAACACCCAGAGCACAACGACUUCGCAGCCAGAGUUCCAGGGCUGCUGGACCGUCGUUGUAGUCUCGAUCCUUUUUGUCAUCAACCUUCUGAACUACAUGGACCGCUACACAAUUGCAGGUUAGUCAUUUGUCAUCUCGACAGUUGGGAAACUGCUCUGUGAUCAAAGAUCUGAAGACUGCCGCCCCGAUCAGAAAACACAAUUUUAUUGGUCUGAUAAGAGGGCGAAAUGUGUUCUUUUGGCUUCCAACACGUGCUCGUCCAUUUCAGGAGUGCUCGACGACGUUCAGAAGUAUUACAACAUCAGUGAUGCGUGGGCGGGACUCAUUCAGACCACAUUCAUGGUCUUCUUCAUCAUUUUCUCACCAAUCUGCGGGUUCCUUGGCGAUCGUUACAACCGAAAAUGGAUCUUUGUUGUCGGAAUCGCCAUCUGGGUUUCUGCCGUGUUUGCAUCAACUUUCAUUCCGGCUGACGUGAGAUUUCUCACACCUCAGAUUGAAAAAAUAAGAAGAACUUUCAGAAAUUCUGGUUGUUCCUCUUGUUCCGCGGAAUCGUCGGAAUCGGAGAAGCCUCUUACGCCAUCAUCUCGCCCACCGUAAUCGCCGAUAUGUUCACCGGAGUGCUCCGUUCCCGAAUGCUCAUGGUCUUCUACUUUGCCAUUCCGUUCGGUUGCGGUCUCGGAUUUGUCGUCGGCUCGGCGGUCGACAGUUGGACUGGCCACUGGCAAUGGGGAGUCCGAGUGACCGGAGUGCUCGGAAUCAUCUGUCUCGGACUCAUAAUCUUCUUUGUCCGUGAGCCGGAACGAGGAAGAGCGGAAAGAGAGAAGGGAGAGAUCGCCGCUUCCGUCGAGCCCACGAGCUACUUGGACGACAUGAAGGAUCUGCUGACAAAGUGAGUAUUUUCUGAAGCAGAAAGAUUAAGAAGGUAUAAUUUUGCAGUGCCACCUACGUGACAAGUAGUCUCGGCUACACGGCAACCGUGUUCAUGGUCGGCACCCUCGCCUGGUGGGCCCCGAUCACCAUCCAGUACGCGGAAGCAGCUCGCCAGAAUGUGACUGAUGUGACUCCGGGAGAGAAGGCGAGGAUCAAUCUGGUGUUCGGAGCGAUCACUUGCGUUGGAGGAGUGGCCGGAGUCGCUAUCGGAACUAUUGUCUCCAAUGUAAAACUUUAUUCUCUGUUCCUAUUCAUCACACUAUCGCACCUCUCUGCAGAUGUGGUCCCGUGGAGUGGGUCCGUUCAAGUGCAUCCAAACAGUCCGCGCGGACGCGAUCAUCUGUGCUCUCGGAGCAUUGAUCUGCAUCCCCACACUAAUUCUUGCCAUCCAAAACAUCGAGCACAAUAUGAAUUUCGCCUGGGUAAUGCUCUUCAUUUGCGUCAUUUCCAGCAGUUUCAAUUGGGCCACAAAUGUGGAUCUGCUACUUGUAAAUUAAAAAAUACCCAUUGAGAAGCAAACCCAAGUGAUACCUUCAGAGUGUCGUGAUUCCGCAACGUAGAAGUUCGGCAUCUUCGUGGCAGAUUCUCAUAUCGCACAUGUUUGGUGACGCCUCCGGUCCUACAUCCUCGGAUUGGUGUCCGAUGCGAUCCGAGGCGACGACAAGACGGCGCAAGCCCACUACAACUCGCUGGUCACUUCGUUCUGGAUCUGUGUUGGCACCCUUGUGAUUUCUGUGAUUCUCUUCGGCAUAUCAGCCAUCACCAUCACGAGAGACAAGCGGAGAUUCAAUGAAGUUAUGAGUAAGUUAUUGUUCAACGUGCUCUUCAAAGCUUCUUCUUUUUCAGUGGCUCGAGAGAAAGCUGCCGAGAGUUCAUCGACGUCUUCAUUGCCUUCGAAUCGGAAAACUGAAGAUGAAGAUGCUUCGCAAAUGCAGCACAUGUAAUCGUCGAAAUUGAAACGACGAAUCAUCCAAUGUUAGCUCGUUGCUUUCUUUUCUCUCACAUUUGUAUACGGGUCUGGUCUCUUAUUGUGUAUUUCCCUCUCGUUCAUUCGCAUAAAUUUGCGUUCUUCCACGUUUCUUUUGCGGCGUUUCCGCCGUUCAGUUGUGCACCGAUGAUCGCCGUGGAUGUGGUGCGGAGAGUGUUCGGAGGCGUCUUCCAGAAACAAGAAAACCGCUUCGCACUCUGCGCAUUCUUCUGGAGCAUCUGCGUGAUUGGCAGGAAAAGAUGCGAUGGCAGCUGGAGAGACAGAGCAAUCGGUCUCUGUGACAUCCUCAGAUGCCUCUCCGUCCCUCUCUAUCAUCGGAAUCCUGUCGACUGGAUCCUAAUCUUUACUGCCUCUUCUGUAUUCUCCUUCCUCGUCCAAAGUUUGCCAGAAUCUAUUAGCACGUUUCAAUGUAACCGUUUUCAGAGAAACACUUCACCGGAAUGGUUUUGCUGGCUGCUCUCCACGCAGUGCUCUACUUCCUUCUCGUGGGACUCAGCCCGAUCACUUAUUGGAACUUUGGAAAACAGUUCUUCAACUUGGUCGUCUGGCCGGAGGAUCCUCGUCAGUUGGCAUUAGAAAUAGGCAUCCACUGUGCUCUCUUUCUGAUGACUCUUCAUUUCUUGGUUGCUGCCGCCGGAACAGUCUUCACACUCGUCACCCUGGGUAUGUUUGAAGUUUGUUCAGUUGAAAUCUUCGACUGUAUUUCAGAUUGGCUCUCCGUUGCUCUCCUUCUAAAUCCCGCUCUCACUUUCUACUUGUUCCCUGCCCAACUCACUCUCAAUCUUCUCGCCGUCUGGCUCUCCCUUCUUCUUAUCACUGUCAAACACGGAAAAGAGCAUCUAGAAAACUCUUUUUUUGUCUUGUUUUUAUACUAUUAUGUGUACACACUCUCUUCCUGA